ACAAUAUUUUCAUCGUUCCAGCAUUUAAUUCCCCAUUUUUCUUACAUCGAACAGAGGAAGACUACAGACCUUUUUGUAUCACUUGUUUACUGGUUGCUACUUUCUCGCCUCCUUUUUCCCCGAUUGGGAGGAACAACGAGGAAACGAAUAGGGCUUUUAUAAGCAGGGAGACGACGGCAAGGUUCCUGUGAUUUGUGCUUUUCACCAGCACUGCUGUUCCCUGAGCCGAGCAGCAUUGUGCACCGUUUGAUCUAAGCAACAGAAUCAGCAACAGCAGCAACGUACGACAGUGCCACACCGUGCGAUCCAGCCAGCAUGCACAAACACCACCACUGCUGCAAGUGCCCAGAAUGCUACGAGGUGACACGCAUGGCCGCCCUGCGCAGAAUGGACGCCCCGGCGUACGGAGACUGGCAGCCCGAACCCUACGGAUACCCGGCCAGCUACGGUGGCGGCCAGACCCUGCCUCCCCAAACCUCGGGCGGUGGAUCGGGCAUGAGCGGAGGGGGCACGCUGGGCAGAAGUAAGGGCAAAAUGAUGUCAGCCGGUGGUCCCGGAGGCCCCACUUCCAAGAGCCAGUCCAAGAGUGGUCCUAAGGUAAAUGGCAACAACUCGGGAGGGCAAGGUGGAUGGUGGCCAGAAUGCACCUGUACCAAUCGGGAUUGGUAUGAUCAGGCAAACCCUCCUCCCAUCAUUGUGAAUGCAGACUCACUAGAUGCAGGCCCUUAUGUGAAUGGAAGUGACGGCAUGUACAAAUAUGAAGAAAUUAUACUGGAAAGGGGAAACUCUGGCCUGGGCUUCAGUAUUGCUGGAGGAAUUGAUAAUCCACACAUCCCUGAUGAUCCAGGAAUCUUCAUCACCAAGAUUAUACCUGGAGGUGCAGCAGCCAUGGAUGGAAGACUGGGGGUGAACGACUGCGUGCUGCGAGUGAACGAGGUGGAUGUUUCCGAGGUGGUGCACAGCCGGGCCGUGGAGGCUUUGAAGGAGGCCGGACCUGUGGUUCGCUUGCUGGUGCGCAGGAGACAGGCUCCACCCGAAACCAUCCUAGAGGUGAACCUUCUAAAAGGGCCUAAAGGCCUGGGAUUCAGUAUUGCUGGAGGUAUUGGCAACCAGCACAUCCCUGGAGAUAACAGUAUCUACAUCACGAAGAUCAUCGAAGGCGGGGCCGCUCAGAAAGACGGAAGGCUGCAGACAGGAGAUCGACUGCUGGCUGUAAAUAACAUCAUUCUGCAGGAUGUACGUCAUGAGGAGGCUGUCGCUGCUUUGAAGAACACUUCAGACAUGGUCUAUUUGAAAGUUGCCAAACCAGGACCAGUACACCUCAACGACAUGUACGCACCUCCGGACUACUCCAGCACCUUCCCCACCAUGGUGGAUAACCACGUCAGCCACAACUCCAGCAUGGCGUACAUGGGAGCCAUGGAGCCCAAGCCGGUGUAUCAGCCUCCCCAGGUCACCCCGUCACGUUAUUCUCCAGUACCACGCCACAUGAUGGGCGAGGACGACUUCACCAGGGAACCGCGAAAGGUCCUGCUGCAUAAGGGCUCCACAGGACUAGGAUUCAACAUAGUUGGUGGAGAAGAUGGAGAAGGAAUCUUUGUAUCUUUUAUCCUGGCGGGAGGACCCGCUGACCUGAGUGGAGAGCUGAGAAGGGGUGAUCGCAUCCUUUCGGUGAAUGGUGUGAAUGUUCGAAAUGCCACUCAUGAACAGGCUGCAGCUGCACUGAAGAGAGCUGGUCAGACAGUCACCAUCAUUGCUCAGUACAGACCUGAAGAGUACAGCCGUUUUGAAUCCAAGAUUCACGACCUGAGGGAGCAGAUGAUGAACAGCAGCAUGAGCUCUGGAUCAGGCUCCCUGCGCACCAGUGAGAAACGCUCCCUCUAUGUCAGGGCUCUGUUUGAUUAUGACCGGACCAGGGACAGCUGCUUGCCCAGCCAGGGCCUGAGCUUCUCAUAUGGAGACAUCCUACAUGUAAUCAACGCCUCUGAUGAUGAGUGGUGGCAGGCACGGCUGGUUACAUCUCAUGGGGAGAGUGAGCAGAUUGGUGUCAUUCCCAGCAAGAAACGGGUGGAAAAGAAAGAACGUGCCAGGUUAAAAACAGUAAAAUUCCAUGCUAGGACGGGGAUGAUCGAGUCCAACAGGCCAGUCAAAGUAAAGCGCAAAAAAAGCUUCAACCUCUCACGCAAGUUCCCGUUUUACAAGAGCAAAGAGAAUAUUGUGCAGGAAUUGGUGGAGACUGAACAGUGCUUAACAUCCAACACCAGUGACAGUGAGAGCAGCUCCAAAGGACAGGAGGAUACAAUUUUAUCUUAUGAGCCAGUAAUCCGACAAGAGAUUCAUUACACGAGGCCAGUAAUCAUUUUGGGUCCAAUGAAGGACAGGAUAAACGAUGACUUGAUCUCAGAAUUUCCUCAUAAGUUUGGAUCCUGUGUACCUCAUACAACUCGUCCACGAAGAGAGAAUGAGAUGGACGGACAGGACUACCACUUCGUGGCCUCGAGAGAGCAGAUGGAGAAAGACAUUCAGGACAACAAGUUCAUUGAAGCAGGCCAGUUUAAUGAGAAUCUUUAUGGGACCAGCAUUCUGUCUGUCCGGGCCGUGGCUGAGAGGGGGAAGCAUUGUAUCUUGGAUGUGUCUGGGAACGCCAUUAAGCGACUCCAGCAAGCACAGCUCUAUCCCAUUUCCAUUUUCAUCAAGCCCAAAUCCAUUGAAGCUUUAAUGGAAAUGAAUAAGAGGCAGACGUUUGAGCAAGCAAGUAAAGUCUUUGAUAAGGCAAUAAAGCUUGAACAGGAAUUUGGGGAAUAUUUUACAGCCAUAGUCCAGGGUGACUCACUAGAAGAGAUCUACAAUAAAAUCAAGCUAAUCAUUGAGGAGCAAUCAGGCCCUUACAUCUGGAUCCCUUCCUCAGAAAAACUCUGAGCUUGCAGCCUCGACUUUUGCGCGCAUGCGAAGUCGUUUCCCGACCCAGCCCUAUUCCAGCCCGAGUCCUCGCCUUUCCUUUUUACUGAUAUGUUUCAUAUCAAGUUUUAGUGUCAUCGUUAUGUUACGCUCAAAAGAAAAGAAACCUUUCACCAUUACUGUGACUGUGCACACCCCUGCAUGAGUUUCUCAGCAAAUCCAUUCAAGACUGGGAAUUUCCUUUCAAAUUAUUUUUAUGUCUGGUAAAACAAAAGGGAAAGUAAUAUGAUGGACUUGGGAAGAGAAUGCUUUAAAAUGAGAGUUGGCUUUGGGAUUUUAGUAAGUUACUUGGAAUUUGAAAGUGACUGAAAAGCUGGAACCCUGUAUAUCGUUCAUUGUUACAUUGUAAAGACAAAUGAAAUAUGCUAAGCAGAGACCAACAAGGUUUUCUACAAAGACUAAUGCAGACCAGUCCUGCUGAAGGUACUGUACAUGGUUCACCGAUCAUGUUUAUAAAAAAAAUUAGUGAUGAAUCUUAGAAACUGGUUAUCUUUGGUCAUCAAAAAGCAGUUUGCCUGGCAGCUGCUGCCAGUUUUUAUGGCACAGUUGAUAAAAUGCAACUGAAGGCAGAACAAAUGGAAAACAGAUUAUAAAUCUAUACAUUUAUAUAACUGAAAUUACAUGGUAAAUAAAAAUCAUAUGGAGUGAUUUUAUUACAUAUACUAUGGUACAUAUUUUACACUUCACUAGAAUUGUCUAUAUAUAUAUGGAGGGCUGUUAGUUCAUCUAUUUGUCUUUUGGUUUUUGUGUUUUCUCUUUUCUUGUGGUUUUUUUUUAGCUGCUCUUUAUUCAAAAAUAGGGUAGAGGGGUGUAACUGGGCUUUCUGCAGAACACCAAACUGCCUUAUAAUUAAUAAAAAUCUGCAGAAUCAAUUUUGGGGUGACGAUACAAAUUGUACAAAUAUUUAAUUGAUCAGUGCUAAUGGAGUUUUCUAUUACGUAGUUGGAGGCCUAAGUGAGUGCAAUAGAUUUGAGUGUCUUACCUACAACUCUCCCCCCUUCCUAUCCCAAACUCAUCUUUUGUCUUAAGUGACUGGAUUUUGGCGACCAAGGCUUCCCUUAAGAUAUUAAGCAACAGACAGCCCACUUGCACUUUCUCUGCCGUAUAGACUGAACGGUAACAUGGUACUGUCCUCUAAGAUGCCCGACAGAAGGCCUUAAAACGGGUAAAAACAAGAUAAUUGUACUGGAUGUCCUUCUAUUAAAGAUUUAGUACAGCCUAAGUUGGCCUUAGUUUCCUGACCUGACAGAUGUUAGAGUUAAAUUUGUUGUUUGUAAUUAUUUUACCUUUUAUUUAUUUUUCAUUAUUUCUCGGCUGACAUGACUCGACUGUAUUGAUCCUUGAGCCGAGGUAAGCUCGGUUAACCAGCCAUCCUUUGAAAGAAACUGUCAAGAGGGAUAUUAAUGUUGACAAAAUGGCAAAACUAAAAUUUAUUUCUUGACCUAACAAAGCUAGCAUAUAAGAUGCAUUUUAAUUCAUUUUAUUUGCCAUGCUUUGUGAUUGCUGCACCUGUGGUGACCCUCUUGUGUACGCCCUGAUUCAACAGUGCUAAGCUUUACCACUCUGUAUAUAAAGGGACUAUGCUGACUCAAUGAUAAAGGAACACUACAGUCCCCCAAAACUACUGAGAUGACUUUUCACCUCUUUCUGCUUUUAAGUGGAUGAAGGUUUUGUUAGAGGCAUAAGAAGCAGCCCAGCAAUUUUGGACACGGGAAGUGAUGACAUUGCUGAGCCCUCUACACCCCAGCUCCUGCAUCAGCAGGCACUAUCUGAGUAGGUGUGCCCACCUGCUAAACAUCUUUACUAAACCAGCUCUUCUAUUUGUGUCAAAACCAGAGUUCAGGGAAUAAUUGAAGGGAACAGAGCCAUUUAUAAACUGCUUACAGACUGUUUCAAAGGGUGUUAGCUGUAAAAUGUAAAUAUCCCCUCACUUGUGCUUCAUGCAUGUGUGAAACAACUGGGACAAAUGUUUUAUAAGAUCACAAGUGUCAGGUAAGUAAACGUUGACUUAUUCUGAGAUUAAUUUCCAUACAGAUGUGCUGUAAUGUGGGUAUUUCUCUAUAGAUGAAAAAUCUUCAGCUGUCUAUCAGAACACAUUUUUUAGUCAGUUGGGGGUUAACAUUCCUAACCUAGGGGCUGUCUACCUGUGCUAUUAUGUGGAACUUGUCUGAGUGUAUAGAUGAGAAAUUGUAAAAAGUUAUAAGAUUCAGACAGAAACCUGUAGGGAGCCAUUAAAGUAUAGCAGGAGCCAAGUGAAUUCAUUUAACGUAGAACUGCUCCUCAUGGUGUUAAGUAAAAGAACAGCUGACUGUUAAAUGUGUCUGGUGUCAAUCAGCCAUGUCAGUCAAAGCCCAAAGAAUUUUCAUUCAUUGUAAUCUAUUCUAUUUCUAUUAAGGUUGCUGAAUCCUCCAUUGAUUCUGAAUGGCUCUGUGUGUAUUGCUGAGGGUUUUAAUUCUUGCUCCAGAGAAGUGUGAUGUAAUAAACUUGUUUAUGGGUGGGGCACAUGGGGUUCAGUUUGUCUUCUUGGGUGGGGAUGAGUUGCUAAUGUGAAAGCACACAAACACGUAGUGCUUACGAACACAAACCCUUCGCUUGUACAGGAGCACCCAUGGAAAACGAGUCCUCUACCCUAGUCAGGAGGGAACAUGGUCCUAGUAUUUAUUUUUAUUUUUCAUUUGUUUAUUUUUGGACUGGACAAACAUUUAUUUCUUUAAAAAUAAUAAAAUGUGUGGUUCGAAUGGA